AUGGAUCCACUACUGGCCUUCCUCAAACUGCUCCGUACUAGUCUACUAGUACAAUUGAGGGAAACUUUCGCCCAAUCCACCCUGCACGGAGUCCGAUUCAUCACCGAGCGGGGACGUCCGUUUUGGGAACGGUUCUGCUGGUUCUGUAUGGUGUCCAUCAGCACGGUCACCACGUUGAUAAUCAUCUUCAAUCUGUGGGAGCGGUUCCAGACGAAGCCCACCAUUACCGGGCCGGACACCGGGUCCCGCAACAAUUGGACCAUCUUCCCGACGGUGCUGGUCUGCCCCAUGGAUGUGCUGGAAGUGGUCCGAGGGGAGAAGGUGAUGGCACUGCUUGACCCGUUGGCGAACUACACCGAAGUGGAACCGAUGGUGGAGGCGCUGGCGGGGAUUUCCUAUUGGAACAUGGUCACGCUGGAGGACGUGGGUUUCCUGGAUGGAAAAGUGAAGAAUGUGCGAUCGUUCGUGUUCUACGUGGGGGCUGCGUGUGCCGAUGUGCUUUCGAAAUGCUGGUUCCGAGGGAUGGAAAUGGACUGCUGCAGCCAGUUUAGGGCAGUGUUUUCGGAGGUUGGGUUCUGCUAUGGGUUUAAUGCAAAAUUCUACGAUACCAUGGCGCAGUGGGAACGCUCAACCGACUUCAACUACCUGUACGAAACGGACAAGAAGUGGGGCCUCACAAUCCAACCAUCUCGCCCCUCGAACAUCUACCUGCACUCGCACAACGAAAUCUCCGGUCUGGAGUUCCACCCGCUCACCCAAUGGGAGGACGGUUUCGGCAUCGGCAUUCUCAUCUCGAUGAAGGAAACCUACACCACCGAAGACGCCCGCCAGCUGUCCGUCGGACAGCGCAAGUGCAUCUUUCCGAACGAGGUCAAGCCCAAGUACUACCGGGACGAUUACACGUUUUCCGGGUGCAUGAAGGAGUGUCGGAUACAGAAGUGCCUCAAAUACUGCCGGUGCAUUCCACCGUUCUACGCACCGACGGUUUCGUUGCCGUUCUGUACUGUUAAGCAGCUGGCAUGUUUGGACAAGUACAAGGCAAACAUCACCAGCAUCAGAGGCUGCCAGGAUUGUGAACUGGCUUGCCACAAUAUGGUGUUCGACGUCGAGAAGUAUUCCAAAUCGGUAACGAACGUCACCAAGGAUGAAGUGGUAACGAUCGAGUACCUCACGUGGCCCAUCAUCCGCUACAAACGCGAAGUCCUGUUCGGCUGGGUCGACCUGCUGGUAUCGUUCGGAGGAAUUGCUGGCCUUUUCUUGGGCUUCAGCCUUCUCUCUGGGGUGGAGAUCAUCUACUUCUUCACGAUGCGUGCUUGGUGCAUGCUGUACAAGAACCGUGAUGAGCUGAUAGCCAUAGAGCAGCAAAAGCUAAAACAGUCUCAAAACCGUUACGACCUCAGCCUUAAGGCAGGUCUCAGAUAUCGGAUCCGUCCGAAAUUGUCGGCCUUGGCAAGGUCACCUUUGGCAACACAAUCCGAGGAUCAGACCAAGCGAUCGUUCAACAGCCGACACGUGAUUACGGUUGGACUGAUCGAGCAGGAUUUCGAAGCCAUUAAGGUGCCCAACAACAGAGGUUUGAUUCUGGCCGAACCGACCAAACGGUACAUUUCACGGAGCGAUCGGAUAGCGAACUUGGCCAGGCCCAAUCAGUUUCGCUCGAAUUUGAAAGUGCCAUACAGCGAGGAAAAUUCAAAUGGCAGGCUUUACAAUGGAUAUUUACCUUAA